AUGCACAUCCUGCUGACUGAGAGACGUUUCUGGUACGAGAAACCUCCCACCGGCCUCCAGAGGCAUAAGUCCCCAGAAAACAGGUUUUUUAUUACUUACCACGGCGGGCUGUACAUCUCUGACGUGCAGAAGGAGGACGCCCUCUCCACCUACCGCUGCAUCACCAAGCACAAGUACAGUGGGGAGACCCGGCAGAGCAAUGGGGCCCGCCUCUCUGUGACAGACCCUGCCGAGUCAAUCCCCACCAUCCUGGACGGCUUCCACUCCCAGGAAGUGUGGGCCGGCCACACCGUGGAGCUGCCCUGCACCGCCUCCGGCUACCCCAUCCCUGCCAUCCGCUGGCUCAAGGAUGGCCGACCCCUCCCAGCCGACAGCCGCUGGACCAAGCGCAUCACAGGGCUGACCAUCAGUGACCUGCGGACCGAGGACAGCGGCACCUACAUUUGUGAGGUCACCAACACCUUCGGCUCAGCAGAGGCCACAGGCACCCUCACGGUCAUCGACCCCCUUCACGUGACCCUAACACCAAAGAAGCUGAAGACUGGCAUCGGCAGCACGGUCAUCCUCUCCUGCACCCUGUUGGGCUCCCCAGAGUUCACCAUCCGCUGGUACCGCAACACCGAGCUGGUGCUGCCCGGCGAGGCCAUCUCCAUCCGCGGGCUCAGCAACGAGACCCUGCUCAUCACCUCGGCCCAGAAGAGCCACUCCGGGGCCUACCAGUGCUUCGCCAGCCGCAAGGCCCAGACCGCCCAGGACUUCGCCAUCAUCGUGCUCGAGGACGGCACGCCCCGCAUCGUCUCGUCCUUCAGCGAGAAGGUGGUCAACCCCGGGGAGCAGUUCUCACUGAUGUGCGCGGCCAAGGGUGCCCCGCCUCCCACUGUCACCUGGGCCCUGGACGACGAGCCCAUCGUGCGGGACGGAAGCCACCGCUCCAACCAGUACACCAUGUCCGACGGCACCACCAUCAGCCACAUGAAUGUCACGGGGCCCCAGAUCCGCGACGGGGGCGUGUACCGGUGCACCGCACGGAACUCGGUGGGCAGUGCUGAAUAUCAGGCGCGAAUAAACGUAAGAGGCCCCCCCAGCAUCCGGGCCAUGCGGAACAUCACGGCCGUUGCUGGGCGGGACACCCUUAUCAACUGCAGGGUCAUCGGCUACCCCUACUACUCCAUCAAGUGGUACAAGGAUGCCCUCCUGCUCCCCGACAACCACCGCCAGGUGGUGUUCGAGAACGGAACCCUCAAGCUGACUGAUGUGCAGAAGGGCAUGGACGAAGGGGAGUACCUGUGCAGCGUCCUCAUCCAGCCCCAGCUCUCCAUCAGCCAGAGCGUCCACGUGGCCGUCAAAGUGCCCCCUCUCAUCCAGCCCUUCGAGUUCCCGCCUGCCUCCAUCGGCCAGCUGCUCUAUAUCCCCUGCGUGGUGUCUUCGGGGGACAUGCCCAUCCGCAUCACCUGGAGGAAAGACGGACAGGUGAUCAUCUCAGGCUCAGGCGUGACCAUCGAGAGCAAGGAAUUCAUGAGCUCCCUGCAGAUCUCCAGCGUCUCCCUCAAGCACAAUGGCAACUACACGUGCAUCGCCAGCAACGCAGCGGCCACCGUGAGCAGAGAGCGCCAGCUCAUCGUGAGAGUGCCCCCUCGAUUCGUGGUGCAGCCCAACAACCAGGAUGGCAUCUAUGGCAAGGCUGGUGUGCUCAACUGCUCGGUGGAUGGCUAUCCCCCACCCAAGGUCAUGUGGAAGCAUGCCAAGGGGAGUGGGAACCCCCAGCAGUACCACCCCGUGCCCCUCACGGGCCGCAUCCAGAUCCUGCCCAACAGCUCGCUACUGAUCCGCCACGUCCUGGAAGAGGACAUCGGCUACUACCUCUGCCAGGCCAGCAACGGCGUGGGCACUGACAUCAGCAAGUCCAUGUUCCUCACUGUUAAGAUCCCCGCCAUGAUCACCUCCCACCCCAACACCACCAUCGCCAUCAAGGGCCACGCAAAGGAGCUCAACUGCACGGCGCGGGGAGAGCGACCCAUCAUCAUCCGCUGGGAGAAAGGGGACACAGUCAUCGACCCGGACCGUGUCAUGCGGUAUGCCAUCGCCACCAAGGACAACGGCGACGAAGUUGUCUCCACGCUGAAGCUCAAGCCUGCCGACCGUGGGGACUCUGUAUUCUUCAGCUGCCAUGCCAUCAACUCAUAUGGAGAGGAUCGAGGUCUGAUCCAGCUCACCGUGCAAGAGCCCCCUGACCCCCCAGAGCUGGAGAUCAGAGAAGUGAAGGCCCGGAGCAUGAACCUGCGCUGGACCCAGAGAUUCGACGGGAACAGCAUCAUCACAGGCUUUGACAUCGAAUACAAGAAUAAAUCAGAUUCCUGGGACUUUAAGCAGUCUACCCGCAACAUCUCCCCAACCAUCAACCAGGCAAAUAUCGUGGACUUGCACCCAGCGUCUGUGUACAGCAUCCGCAUGUACUCCUUCAACAAGAUUGGCCGCAGCGAGCCGAGCAAAGAGCUCACCAUCAGCACUGAGGAGGCCGCUCCUGAUGGGCCCCCCAUGGAUGUAACCUUGCAGCCAGUGACUUCACAGAGCAUCCAAGUGACCUGGAAGGCACCCAAGAAGGAACUGCAGAAUGGUGUCAUCCGGGGCUAUCAGAUCGGCUACCGAGAGAAUAGCCCUGGCAGCAAUGGGCAGUACAGCAUCGUGGAGAUGAAGGCCACUGGGGACAGUGAGGUCUACACCCUGGACAACCUCAAGAAGUUUGCACAGUAUGGGGUGGUGGUCCAGGCCUUCAAUCGGGCUGGCACAGGGCCCUCAUCCAGCGAAAUCAAUGCCACCACCCUGGAGGAUGUGCCCAGCCAGCCCCCCGAGAAUGUCCGGGCCCUGUCCAUCACUUCCGACGUGGCUGUCAUCUCCUGGUCGGAGCCCCCACGCAGCACCCUCAAUGGCGUCCUCAAAGGCUAUCGCGUCAUCUUCUGGUCGCUCUACGUUGAUGGCGAGUGGGGCGAGAUGCAGAAUAUCACCACCACGCGGGAGCGGGUGGAGCUGCGAGGCAUGGAGAAGUUCACCAACUACAGCGUGCAGGUGCUGGCCUACACGCAGGCCGGGGACGGCGUGCGCAGCAGUGUGCUCUACAUCCAGACCAAGGAGGAUGUUCCAGGUCCCCCUGCUGGCAUCAAAGCUGUCCCUUCAUCCGCCAGUAGCGUGGUCGUGUCCUGGCUGCCCCCAACCAAGCCCAACGGGGUGAUCCGCAAGUACACCAUCUUCUGCUCCAGCCCCGGGUCUGGCCAGCCGGCUCCCAGCGAGUAUGAGACGAGUCCAGAGCAGCUCUUCUACCGCAUCGCCCACCUAAACCGAGGGCAGCAGUACCUGCUAUGGGUGGCCGCCGUCACCUCCGCUGGCCGAGGCAACAGCAGCGAGAAGGUGACCAUCGAGCCUGCUGGCAAGGCCCCGGCAAAGAUCAUCUCCUUCGGGGGCACCGUAACAACACCCUGGAUGAGAGAUGUCCGGCUGCCUUGCAAUUCAGUGGGCGACCCAGCCCCUGCUGUGAAGUGGACCAAGGACAGCGAAGACUCGGCCAUCCCCGUGUCCAUGGAUGGGCACCGGCUCAUCCACACCAAUGGCACGUUGCUGCUGCGUGCAGUGAAGGCUGAAGACUCAGGCUACUACACCUGCACAGCCACCAACACCGGGGGCUUCGAUACCAUCAUCGUCAACCUUCUGGUGCAAGUUCCUCCGGACCAGCCCCGCCUCACUGUCUCCAAAACCUCUGCUUCGUCCAUCACUCUGACCUGGAUUCCAGGUGACAACGGGGGCAGCUCCAUCCGAGGCUUCGUGCUGCAGUACUCAGUGGACAACAGCGAGGAGUGGAAGGACGUAUUCGUCAGCUCAAGUGAGCGGUCCUUCAGGCUAGACAGCCUCAAGUGUGGCACGUGGUACAAGGUGAAGCUGGCGGCCAAGAACAGCGUGGGCUCUGGGCGCAUCAGUGAGAUCAUCGAGGCCAAGACCCACGGGCGUGAGCCUUCCUUCAGCAAAGACCAGCACCUCUUCACUCACAUCAACUCCACGCAUGCUCGGCUUAACCUGCAGGGCUGGAACAACGGGGGCUGCCCAAUCACGGCCAUCGUGCUGGAGUACCGGCCCAAGGGCACCUGGGCCUGGCAGGGCCUGCGCGCCAACAGCUCCGGGGAGGUGUUUCUGACCGAGCUGCGAGAGGCCACGUGGUACGAGCUGCGCAUGAGGGCUUGCAACAGCGCUGGCUGCGGCAACGAGACUGCCCAGUUCGCCACCCUGGACUACGACGGCAGCACCAUCCCACCCAUCAAGUCUGCACAAGGCGAGGGGGAUGACGUGAAGAAGCUGUUCACCAUCGGCUGCCCAGUCAUCCUGGCCACACUGGGGGUGGCACUGCUCUUCAUCGUCCGCAAGAAGAGGAAAGAGAAGCGGCUGAAGCGGCUCCGAGAUGCAAAGAGUUUGGCAGAAAUGUUGAUAAGCAAGAACAACCGGAGCUUUGACACCCCUGUGAAGGGGCCACCCCAGGGCCCCCGGCUACACAUUGACAUCCCCAGGGUCCAGCUGCUCAUCGAGGACAAGGAGGGCAUCAAGCAGCUGGGAGAUGACAAGGCUACCAUCCCUGUAACGGAUGCUGAGUUCAGCCAAGCUGUCAACCCGCAGAGUUUCUGCACCGGUGUUUCCUUGCACCACCCAGCCCUUAUCCAGAGCACAGGACCCCUCAUCGACAUGUCUGACAUCCGGCCAGGCACCAAUCCAGUGUCCAGGAAGAAUGUAAAGUCAGCCCACAGCACCCGGAACCGGUACUCAAGCCAGUGGACUCUGACCAAGUGCCAGGCCUCCACGCCCGCCCGCACCCUCACCUCUGACUGGCGCACUGUGGGCUCCCAACAUGGUGUCACUGUCACCGAGAGUGACAGCUACAGUGCCAGCCUCUCCCAGGACACAGACAAAGGACGAAACAGCAUGGUGUCCACCGAGAGCGCCUCUUCCACCUACGAGGAGCUGGCCCGGGCCUAUGAGCAUGCCAAGCUGGAGGAGCAACUGCAGCACGCCAAGUUUGAGAUCACCGAAUGUUUCAUCUCCGACAGCUCCUCUGACCAAAUGACCACGGGCACCAACGAGAACGCUGACAGCAUGACAUCCAUGAGCACACCCUCAGAGCCUGGCAUCUGCCGCUUCACCGCCUCCCCACCCAAGCCCCAGGAUGCCGACCGGGGCAAAAACGUGGCUGUGCCCAUCCCUCACCGGGCCAACAAGAGUGACUACUGUAACCUGCCCCUCUAUGCCAAGUCGGAAGCCUUCUUCCGAAAGGCAGACGGGCGCGAGCCCUGUCCUGUGGUCCCACCCCGCGAAGCCUCCAUCAGGAACCUGGCUCGAACCUACCACCCCCAGGCUCGCCACCUGACCCUGGACCCUGCCAGCAAGCCCUUGGGCCUCCCGCACCCAGGGGCUCCCGCUGCCGCCUCCACAGCCACCUUACCUCAGAGGACUCUGGCCAUGCCAGCCCCCCCAGCCGGCACGGCCCCCCCAGCGCCCGGCCCUACCCCUGCCGAGCCCCCGGCUGCACCCAGUGCUGCCCCUCCAGCCCCCAGCACCGAGCCUCCACGGGCCGGGGGCCCACACACCAAAAUGGGGGGCUCCAGGGACUCGCUUCUUGAGAUGAGCACGUCGGGGGUGGGGAGGUCUCAGAAGCAGGGGGCCGGGGCUUACUCCAAAUCCUACACCCUGGUGUAGACGCACAGCCAACGAGCGGCCCCAGGCCUGGACCUGUCUGCACCUCCAGCCCUCACACACCAACUUGGCUGAUUUCCUGCAUUAUUUAUAUUAAACCGACAGACGAAAACCAAGCAACAAGGAAAAGACAACCCCCAAGUCAUGAACACUUGUACAUAGAACUCUUUUGUACAAAUGAAACUAUUUUCUUCUUCUCCAUGAAGCCAGGGCACAAAGAAUUUGACAGUACAAGUCAACCCCCCCCCCCAACAAAAUAUGUGUGGAGAGAUAUAUACGUAUAUAGAGGGGUAGGAACACGCCGACAAGCUAUAUAUCUAUAUAUUUCUCUCACCUUAUUUUGAGACAGAGGCACAAAGACUCAGCAAUUUUUCCCUCCUCCUCACCCUCCUUCCAAUCUAGGUGGUUUUGACAAAGACCAAAAUCCCAACUCAGAGACACUGCAUGCGAUUUUACUGUUCCAAGAAAACCAGGAGUUGCUUCAAUUUGCAGAUGCUUAUGUGUUAAUACCUUUUUCUAUGAAAAAAGACCCAGCGCCGUGUGCA